AUGAAAAAAGUAUCAGAUGCUAAUUUGAGUCAAAUUUUGGAAAAUAAUAACAUUCCCAAAGGCCAAACUGAUGUAAUUAAUGAAAUAUUUAAAGCUUCUAAACUUACUAACCCAAAAAAUAGAAAGUAUAGUGAAAAUUGGAUAUUACUUUGCUUGCUAUUUCAAAUAAGAUCGCCGAGUGGGUAUAAGUUUUUACGUGAACAAAAUAUUCUUCCGUUACCUUGCAUUAGCACAAUCAGAAAAUACUUGCUAGUAUUAAAAAUUGGGUGUGGCUUUGAUCCUAAUUUUUUUAAACUUUUUAAAAAAUAUAUGUUGAAUAAAAACAAGUUCCAGAGAAAUGGCAUAAUUCUACUGGAUGAAAUAAGCUUGAGGGAAAGCAUUAGUGUCAAUAGUAGAACACUAACUUAUACUGGGCUAGAAGAUUGUGGAGAAGAAAUAGAAACAAAACAAAAAAGCAACUUGAAAGCUAAUAAUGCUUUAGUUUUUAUGUGGCAGAGUUUUGGUGAAAAUGUUGCCCAACCUAUUGCUGUUUUUACUUCACAUGGUCCAAUUAAAGGAGUUGAUCUAGCCAAGUUAGUUGUAAAAGCAAUUUUAUUAAUUGAAGAUUCAGGAGGAAAAGUAAUAGGAUUAACUUCUGAUGGUGCUUCUACCAAUAGGAUAAUGUGGAGUUCAUUGGGAGUAAUAACACAAAAAAGUGAUUUCAAAAACUAUUUUGAAAAUCCAUACGAUCCGUCCCGAAAUAUAUUUGUGUUUUCAGAUGCUCCUCAUUUGUUGAAGACAGUACGAAAUCGGUUGUAUACAAAUAAACAAUUUCAGGUAGAUAAACAAACUACAAAAAAUAAUAAAUAUUUUACUGUAAAGUGUUCAAUAUUGAAUGCAACUCUUUAA